GCAAGCGCAGCUGUAACCUUUCUGCGCAGGCGUAGAGGUUCUGCGUCCUUAGCAGGCCGAGAGGAUUCAGACGCUGAGCGAGUGGAAGAUCAGCAGGGAGGGUUUGCUUAAGCCAUGCCGGACUCUUGGGACAAGGAUGUGUACCCGGAGCCCCCGCGCCGCACGCCUGCUCCCUCGCCGCAGACCUCGCUCCCCAACCCCAUCACCUACGUGACGAAGGCCUACGACCUCCUCGUGGACUGGCCCGUGACCCUCGUGAGAGAAUUUAUUGAACGACAGCACGCCAAAAACCGAACCUACUACUACCACCGACAGUACCGCCGAGUGCCAGACAUCACAGAAUGCAAAGAGGGUGAUGUCGUGUGUAUCUAUGAAGCUGAGAUGCAGUGGAGAAGGGACUUCAAAGUUGACCAGGAAAUCAUGAACAUCGUCCAGGCGAGACUUAAGGCUUGUCAGCAGAGGGAAGGAGAGAGUGCACUGCAGAACUGUGCCAAGGAGUUGGAGCAGUUCUCCCAAGUGACUAAAGCCUACCAGGACCGCUACUUAGACCUGGGAGCCUAUUGUUCUGCGAGAAAGUGCCUGGCAAAGCAGAAGCAGAGGAUGCUGGAGGAGAGGAAGGCUGCCAAGCAGACUGCCGCCGCCUAGGUGACAAGGAGUCCUGUUCAUUCCACUGCUGAAAUAAAGUGAUGGGUUUGGACAUA